AUGUCCGAAAAAGACGAAAAAGUCAACAUUGCGAUUUCUUUCGUCACCCUUGCUGCCAUUAUCGCCGUUCUUGGCAUGCUAGUGGCGACUUUUUGGCGAGAACAUGGAAAACCUAAACUUGUGGAAAAGACGAUUGAGAUCUUCAGCGUGAGUGGACAAAACACGCUUCAGCGAUACUUUGGAAAGGGAAAAUCAUGGAAGAGUUUUUUGAAAACGACCGAUGCGGAGGUCCACUGGAUGGGAAUUAAUGAAGCAGUUGCUGGACUGAAAGAGGUUGAAAAGGAUGAUCUUGGAUCCGCAAGAUCUCUUGGAAAAUUUAUCGCUGAUGAGGGAAAAUUACUAAAUCGAGUUGUCAAUAACCAAAUUCUGCCGAAAAUUCCCUCAGAAAACCACCGCGCUCGAAUUCAACUUCAACUGACGACAUUUCUCAUUUUCGUUCGCCAGCUUUUUGUUCUCUGCAAUGAUCUAAACGCGUCGCCUGAUGAAAAAGAGACUGUCAAGCAAAUUAUUCAAUUCUCGGAAAAGCUCGUCUCUUCGUGUAAGCUGAUUUUCAAGUUGAUCGAACAUUCUCCGAUAAAAACUCAAGAAGAAAUUUGA